UACAAUUUUGAAACAUGCUUUUAUAGUAAAUAUUGUUAGAUUGUAAUGUUCAUUGAAAUGGUUUAAAAAGUUAUUUUUCAUUUUUUUGUCGAUUUCGAUUCACUCAAUAUUGGCUUUAUGAGGCCAAUCACCAGCAUUUUACACGCAAUUAGUUUAGUUAAACUGUGCCCAAAGUUUUACAGUGCAAUGGCAAAACAAACAGUAAAAGAGGAUAUCUUAAAUAUGCCGGAGCUUAAAUUACUCUCUGAUCUAUUUAGUCAGCGUGGUUAUCUCUUAAGAUUAGCUGGUGGUGCAGUUCGGGAUAUCUUAUUGAAUAUACAGCCAAAUGAUUACGAUUUAGCUUCAGAUGCUACUCCAGACAAAAUGAUUGAGAUAUUAUCUAAUAAAGAAAAUAUUAGAUUGAUAACUACUCCAUCAGGAGAAAGACAUGGGACUGUUGCUGCUUUGAUUAAUGGAUCUAAAAUGUUUGAAAUUACUACUUUAAGAAUUGACAAGAUAACCGAUGGAAGACAUGCUGAAGUCGAGUUUAUUCAAGAUUGGAAGCUUGAUGCGUUGCGACGUGAUUUUACUAUAAAUUCAAUUUUUAUGGAAUUAGAUGGAUCGAUUAUCGAUUAUUUUAAUGGUCAGAAAGACUUAUCUGACGGAGUUAUUCGAUUUGUUGGUAAUCCAGUGGAAAGAAUUAAGGAAGACUAUCUCAGAAUUAUGAGAUAUUUUCGGUUUUAUUCUAGGUUUGGUCACCAGGAUCAUGAAAAAGAAACAGUUAAAGCUUUGGCGGAUAAUAUUGAUGGACUGUCAUCGAUAAGUGGUGAACGAAUAUGGUCUGAAAUGAAGAAAACGCUCGUUCAACGUAAUUGUGAUAAAGUUAUUCCCUUGUUAUUUGAUAUUAACGUUGCAUCUUACAUGGGAUUUUAUACCGAAACAAAACCUAUGGAUUUGGAAGAAUUUUUUAAAGUACAUAAAAAUGUCUGGUCAAUGUCAACCUCUUUUGAGCCGAUAACUCUGUUUUCCAGUUUAAUCAGGUCACCAGAGGAACAAAUUAGUUUAAUUUCUCGUUUAAAGAUGUCUAAUUUUGAAAAAGAAACUAGUUUUCAUAUUAUCACCAACAGAAAUGACGAAUACAAUCUCAGUUUACACAAUUUGAAAAAACAGCUGGUACUAACUUCAAAAUCAAACCAAAAAGUAUACCAUCGUUAUACCCUUGAAUUACUUAAGUAUAAAGGAUUGCAAGAUAUUUAUAAUGAUUUAGCUGAUUGGAAUAUUCCAACAUUUCCAUUGCGAGGCGAUAAAAUCGGACCGAAAAUGAAGAGGCGCCAAUUGAUAAGUCAAGUUAUGUCAGAACUUAAAAGUAUUUGGGCUGACAAUCAAUUCGAGAUGACGGAGCAGGAGUUAAUCAAUGAGAUGGAUAGAUUGAUUGAAAAAUACAAUUCUAUCAACUAGAAGUUGAUAGCUGGCAGUUUUACAUAGACUCGCUUUCACCCUCAAAAUGUUUAAUCCUUUCAUGUUUUUCAGAUCAAAUUUGACUCAUAGUUCAAAAAGAUUAUUAAAUUAUUUUGUUCAGA